GUUUUGUACCUAAAUUGUCGGUGAAUUAAAUUGUAAACAAAUAUGUUAUCCUGUGUUUAAAUGUAUAGUUUGAUCUUUUAUAAAUAAGUAAAUAAUACAUAAAAACUAAAUGAAUAGAUUUAACAACUUAUUCGUAGCAAUAAUUUGAUAUAACGGGCAUAUUUUUAUUAUUUCUAAAAUAUCAGAACAAUUCGUACUUAAAAUCAUUCGAACUCAAUUCCAUUCGUACCAAUAUUCGAACCAUUAUCAAUAUCCCUUGGAUGCUUGAUUUCUUCAACUUCAGUAAACGAUCAUUAAAUAUAACUAUAUUAUUGGGUAUAAAUAGAGCUCAAAGCUGCGGACAGUCAGUCUCUGUCCAGCUGCCGAAGUGUCAACACUACAGAAAUAAUUAAUUAAUAUUUUAGUUUAAUUACUUGGGUUCUUGCACUAUUUACGAAGUAUUUCAAUUGCAUCAAUUUAACAUUGCGUUAGGUGUAAUUGUUAUUACUAAAGUAUUGAAAACUCGAUAUCCAAGUGGUUUUUCUAUAUAUAUAAAGUAGCCUAAAAAGUGUCACCCCAAUUUUAUAUCAAGUUCAAGGUCCACUUAUUACCUUUCAAGCACGUUACUGUUAUAACAUAAGUUAAUUAAACUUGAUUCCAAAGUUUAAACAAAUUAUUGCAUAAUCAUUUGUAACUAAUCAACUGGCAAAGUAGCCACAAGAAAAAUUAUAUAUAUAACAGCUAGCCCGUGCACGUUACAAAAUUGGCGCCCAACGGGGGACACUAUUAGUUUAGAUAGGCUAACUUACCCUAGACUUUAAAAAAACGGGGGACACUUCUAGCUUUAGAUAGGCUUACUUACCCUAGACUUUUAAGAACAUGGCUGAGUAUAGAAGUAAAUGGUCCGAUGAAGACUUUUGUUAUAUGUACGAUGAAAUGGAAAAUCUUAGGAAUGAGAAUCGUAGGCUGAAAUUCCAGAGAGAGAUUGAUAGUCUUCAAAGACAAAUUGACCAGACAAGUAUUGAGCUGGCUACAUCAACACCUGCUAUGGUAAAAACAGAGAAUACUUAUGAAGGUUUUACACCAAGUAGGAAGACUACCUCAAAGCCUAGACGUCUUUUGCCUUCAUUGCCUGUCCAAAGUGAAAAUUAUGAGAGGGAUGUGAAAGACAGAAUGAUCACCCAAAGAAGGAGGAUUGUUGACUUGCUACCCCCUGAAACUCAAAAAGAACAACAUAAAUUGGAUAACUAUCAAACUUCAGACAAAAGUUUUGAUUUCAAAGUAAAAGAUGCCAGGUCUACUUUCAUGAAACCUGCUACUUAUGACGGAACUUGUGAAUGGACAAACUAUAAAGCACAUUUUGACGCUUGUGCAACUUUGAAUGGUUGGAAUGAAAAUGAGAAAGGUUUAUACUUAUCUGUAUCUUUACGAGGCCAAGCUCUAGGAGUGUUCGGAAAUUUGACAACAAAGACACACAAUUAUGAGGAACUUGUGAGAGCACUUGAAGAUAGAUUUUCACCAAGAAAUCAGACUGAGUUAUAUAGAGUUCAGUUGAGAGAUAGACAUCAAAAAGCUACUGAAUCAAUGUCUGAACUUGGACAAGAUGUUCGUCGACUUGCAAACUUGGCGUACCCUCAUGCUCCUAUAGAUGUUCGUGACACUUUAGCUAAAGAACAAUUCAUUGAUGCACUUGUAAAUUCAGACAUGCGUCUCAAGAUAAAACAAGCCAGGCCCAUUGAUUUGAAUGAUGCAGUAAGACAUGCUGUAGAACUUGAAGCUUUCUACAGGGCUGAAAAGAAGCAGCAGGGAAUGAUAAGAAGUUCGCAGACAGAUAACUUGUCAAAAGAGUUUGAAGAACUUAAAACUGUUGUAUCUUCUUUAAAACAAAGUGUUGAUAGAAUGCAGCGUCAAGGAAGAUAUGAACGGCAAGAUAACAAAUAUGUUAAGACACCAAAUAGUUAUGAUCAAAGGCGUUUAAAACAUUUUCCACAAAAUUACUUUCAACAUUGUUAUUACAAUAAAAAAGACAAAGAAAAUCGUACAUUAAUAACUCUGUUUAUAAGCGGUCUGAUAGUGAUAACAAAAGAGAAUAUGAUACAGUGCGAAAUUGUAAUGAAGAACAUGGACAUAAUUUACAAUUCAUAA